CCGUGUCGUAGUUGCAGUUUUUCCUGUAGUUUUUGCUUUUUAGGAAGUAGCUAGCUAGUUAGAGUAAAUAUAAUUGUGUAUAUCCAUAAAUAUUUUAAGAUUUUUCACUUUUACUGAUCACAAUUACGUGUAUGUUAAUUGUUCAUGUAUAGUGCUGCAGCUUUGCUAUAGACGAAAAGCUUGCUACAGAAAUAUUAAAGGCCCAGUCAACAGCUCAUUAUCAGAUUUGACUUGCAGUAGACAAAGAACGUUAAGUAAUUAAUGUCAUAUUAAGGGGAUGUGACAAAUAUAUAUAUAUAUUAUUUUGCAAGUGUUUUCUUAUGGAUGAGCAGGCCAAUGUUGGAAUUGUUGAGUUGGCUUCCUCCAAUUAAAAGGGAGCCAUAGCCCUCAAAAGAAAAACUAUUUUUUUCCAAGGAAGGAGAGAGAAAGAGAGAGAGAGAGAGAGAGAGAGAGAGAGAGAGAGGGGGGCUUUUGGCAGGAGCCACAGGAAUAAGGCAGUGAGUUCUCAGGGAGUGGUGUGGAACGUCAGGACCAGAGACAGGAGUCAGGAAGAGUCAGUGCUAGGUCAGUCGCCAUGGGUGGUGUAACGGGACCAGUUUUCCUGUGGCUGCAGGAUGUGUUAGGGGUAACUCUCCUCAGAGCCCGCAGGACUCUACUGCAGGCUGCCAUCCUCUUCUGCGUUCUAGUGCUGCUGGUCUGGGUAGCCAUCUUCCUCUAUGGCAGCUUCUACUACUCCUAUAUGCCCACCGUCAGCUUUUCUACACCAGUGCACUACCGCUACAGUACCGAUUGUGAUGCCUCCAAUUCAGUCCUCUGCUCUUUCCCCGUGGCUAACAUCUCGCUGCUAAAGAAUGGCAAAGACCAGGUUAUGAUCUAUGGUCAGCCAUAUCGAAUCUCUUUAGAGCUGGAAAUGCCUGAGUCGCCAGUCAACGAACAGCUUGGCAUGUUCAUGAUUAAGAUGUCUUGCUACACCAAGGACGGCCAGACAGUUGCAGCUGUGGCGCGCUCUGCUAUGCUGCACUACCGCUCUGGUCUCCUGCAGACCUUGAAUACUCUACUGUUCUCUCCUCUCCUGCUGACUGGGAUGACGGAGCAGAAGCAGCUCGUUGAGGUUGAACUCUUCUCAGACUACAAGGCCAAUUCUUAUCAACCCACUGUUGGUGCGGUCAUUGAGAUCCAGUCUCGGCGGGUGCAGAUCUAUUCAGCUCAACUCAGGAUCCAUGCUUUCUUCACUGGCAUCAGAUACCUCCUAUACAAUUUCCCAUUGACGUCUGCAGUGAUCGGCGUGGCCAGCAACUUUGCCUUCCUCAGUGUCAUUGUGCUUUUCGGAUACCUGCAGUUUAUAUGGGGGGGACUUUGGCCUCCUGAGCAGGUCAGGGUUAUGAUGGGAGACACGACUCGCCUGCAGCGGAGAAGAGAAGAGGCUCGGAAGCGCAUGUCCUUCUCACAGACUCAAAUGCCUCAGAAAGAUAAUGACCGUGUGGCUGAGCAGUUGGAAGAACCUAGACAACAAGCAUCAGCAAUAAAGAAAGUGGAGCUGGAAACACCAGAUGUGAUUGGUUCCCUGAAGGAGCCCUCUGGUUUGCCAGAGAAUCAAACAGCUAUAGGGUCGUCAUCAGAUGUGCCUCCGAAGGCUCCUCAGAUUAACGAGACCGAUGCAAGUGAGGAGGAGCCUGCUGAUCCGCAGGAUAAAGGUGCAGGAGCAGUCCUGUGGGAGGGACACCAGGUACCUCAGCCAGGGGAAUCUACGCUGCGUCAGAGACAGGGACCCUGGAUGAGUCUGUGAACCAUGGAUCAUCGCUCAGACAUUAAAACGCUCACAGGUCCCUCAAUGUGCCUUUCACUGACAGGCAAAGAGAGAGAGAGAUUGAUGUAUGGACAGAAGCAGAAAGAUUGACAGACUGACUCCUACAAACUCCCUGCACUCAGACGCAUCUGCAAAUAUUCCAUAUAGCCUAUCCUUUUAUUUAGCAUGUAAUAUAAUAAUAAUCAUAUAAUGUAAUAAUAUAUGCCAUUUAGCAGAGGCUUUUAUCCAAAGCGACUUUGGAACAUGGCAUGAUAGCUAUGCUCUUUGAUUUUUCAAAGAUCAACUAGUGUCAAGGUUAUAAGCCUCCUUCAGUUAGGCAAAUAUUUGUAGGAUUUAGCUCAAUCCUGACUUGCAUGUCUUUCAGAGCAAUGAAAAGAAUCACUCCGGUCUUUAAGCACUUAUUUAAUUCCCUAGCCUGCAUCAUUGUAGCAGAGACAGUUGUUCAGCCUUUUUGUUUUACGAAUGAGUCUUAAGGAAUGUGAUUGAGCAGGUACACAAGCAUAGUUGAGAAUGCCUUUUGUGCCUGUGAUUGAAGCCUAUGGUUACCAUAAGAAUCAGAGAGCCCUGAGCUGCUGAAUGAGGACCCUGCAGAUUACACUGUUACACAUUUAAUGUUUCUCCAGAGUUAUUCAUCUUAAACGCAAGGAACAUGCAUUAUGUUUACGCCUUUGCAGAAGGUUAUUGGAUGAUUUUCCUUGAGCCACUUAGAGCUGUUACAAGGACCACCACAUGUUGAAUUGAAUUUAUUUGGGCCGAAACAUAUACAGCAAGAUGUACAUUGUAUUCCCAAAGGAUAGCACUUAAAAGUAUUUAUUAAAGCACUUUUCCCAAAGUGGACCUCAAUAUUA